ACAAUUCAAUCCAUGACAUAGGGAUGAUAUUUUACUGACUGUAUGGAUUUGGUGUCUCUAGAUGUUCUUGCUCCUCUAACAUUCUUCAGUUGAGUGUCUCUGAAGUGGGUAUGGAUAGAAAAGGAUGAAUAAUAGUACAAAAAUGAAGGAGAAAGGGUUCUAGCAAGAAUGGGGUGUGCCGCAACUGGGAAACAUUGCUAAACGUGGAGCUUGGUCCUUAAGUGUGAAUGCUUUACUUGUGAAUUAUCUGAAUUAAAAAUAGAAACACAGAGCUAGGUGACCAUUUGCUUGUUUCCUUUUACAAUCCUUUAUCUUCUUUCCCAAAAGGUGUCUCUGCAACAUGGAACCUCAGAAUCUUACACGUAUCUCUGAAUUCCUCCUGCUGGGUCUCUCAGAGGAUCCAGAACUGCAGCCCCUCCUCUUUGGAAUGUUCAUGUCCAUGUACCUGGUCACAAUUGCUGGGAACUUGCUUAUUAUCCUGGCUGUGAUCUCCAACCCCCACAUGCACACCCCCAUGUACUUCUUCCUCUCCAACCUGUCCCUAGCUGACAUUGGUUUUACCUCUACCACAGUCCCAAAGGUGCUUAUGAAUAUUCACUCACACCAAAGAGACAUCUCUUAUGCAGGCUGCCCGAUUCAGUUGGCUUUUUUGUAUCUUUUUGGAUAUCUGGACAGUCUACUUCUGAUGGUGAUGGCCUAUGACCGGUUUGUGGCCAUCUGUCAUCCCCUGCACUACCCAGUCAUCAUGAACCCCCGUCUAUGUGGUGUGCCGAUCCUGGUGUCAAUUUUCAUCAGUUUUUUUGACUCCCAGCUACACUGCAUAAUGGUGUCACAACUUAUAUUCUGCACAGAUGUGGAAAUCCCUAGUUUCUUCUGUGACCCUCCUCAACUUUUCAGUCUUGCCUGUUCUGACACCUCCACUAAUACCAUAUUAAUAUAUUUAGUUGGUGCUAUAUUUGGUGGUGUUCCAAUCUCAGGGAUUCUUUUCUCUUAUACUCGAAUUGUUCCCUCCAUUCUGACAGUCCCAUCAUCAGGUGGAAAGUCUAAAGCUUUUGUCACUUGUGGCUCUCACCUGUCAGUUGUUUGCUUGUUUUAUGGAACGGCCGCUGGAUUAUACCUGAGCUCAGCUGUCUCACCUUCUCUCAGGAUGGGUGCAGUGGCCUCAGUGAUGUUCACUGUUGUUACCCCCAUGCUUAACCCCUUCAUCUACAGCUUGAGGAACACAGACAUCAAGAGAGCCCUGCAGAGACUUCUUAGCAGAAUGUCUUAAUUUGAAGACCUGUGGCUUUUUUUUUGUGGUGAGUGUGUUAUAUUUGGCAGGGAAACCAAACAUGUGGUGCUGCAAUACUUGCUCCUUUGGUCUCAUAAUUUGUGUAGUCCCAUGGAUUUCAUUCCUCUUGAUUUUUCAUAUCACAAUAUUAUAUUGCUUAUUUGGGACAUUUUUUGGGACUGCACAGUGUUCUGGAACCUGCUGUACAGCAUAGUAUCUGCCCAACUGAGUCACACAACACUCAUAGUGCCUUCUGUAUUCUUCGUCUAUGACAGGCAUCCUGGUGAAAUGCAGUUUCUUUAAAAAAAAUAUAAUCCUCCAUCUUUUCCAUAGUUCAUG